AUGAUCAAAGUUCCGACCACAUCUCCACGCGCGGCUGAAGUGCUGUUCCCCAGGUCCUGGCCGUACCUUACAUAUCUGGGGAAGGACCGAUGGGGGAGAAGAAAAAUGGACUCCACCUGCUUGCUCGGUCAGAGUUCCCAUCAUGGCAGGCAGGUAGGAACAACAUUCCUUGCACAGAGAUAA